AUGAAUGAGAAUUCAGAAUCAUCAAUUCAAGCUUUAGAGAAAUUACAAGUGCUCCAGAAAAUUAUUGAGUCUCAAAAAAUAGUGGUGAAGAUGACAUCUAAGUGUUUUAAACAUUGUGUACCUAACGUGGGAAAGUCACUAUCUCAAAAAGAACAAGCUUGUCUUUGGAGUUGUGCACAAAGAUUUUUAGAGUCAACUGAUUUUAUUAAUAGAAGAUCAUCUGAAAAUAUUCGGAAUGUUUCUAAUGUAGAUUCAGAUUAA